GUUUCACCUGCUACCAGCAGCUACACCGAAUGGAGACAACAUGGACAGCAAGGGCUUGGCUCUAUGGUUCCUUCUCGUCUCCCUGAGUCCUGCUCUGCUGCUCUACUGCUCAGCUUGCCCCUUGCUCUGCUCAUGCAUGUACCAAGGCGGAGGAGGAGCCAAUGGCACCGGACUCAGGACAGUGGCGUGUAAGGACCCUGCCAUCGUCAUGAUCCCAGCAGACCUGCCUACGGACACCGCCAAGUUACGGCUGCAGAGGACGUCCGUGGUCCGCGUGUCCAAGGGCUCCUUUGAAACGCUGGACCGCCUCAGGUACCUGUGGCUCACCUACAACUCCAUCACCACCCUCCACCCCCGCAGCUUCGCCAACCUCUCCGUCCUCCACGAGCUGAGGCUGGACGGCAACCUCUUGACCAUGUUCCCCUGGGACGCACUGCGGGACACCCCUCGCCUACGCUCCCUGGUGCUGCACAACAACCGCUUGUCGCGCGUCCCCGUCCAGGCGGCUCGUUUCCUCGGCAACCUCACCUAUUUGGAUCUGUCCGGCAACAGGCUGAGCACCUUGCCCAACGAGGUGAUGGCCGCCUUGUCCUUCUAUCCUUCCUUCAACCCCACUGACCCCCAGAGGAGAGUGGUGCUGGGCCUGCACGAUAACAUGUGGAUGUGUGACUGUCGUCUGGCUCUGCUAUUGGAAUUGAGCAGAGGAACCGUGUCCAAUCUGAUUCUGCUGGAUCCGUAUCUCAUCUGUAGCGCUCCAAAGGACAUUUCUGGGUCUCCCCUCCAGGAAGUGAAUCUGCCUCACUGCGUCAAGCCCUCUGUCUUGACCUCCACCACCAAGAUCGUAACUGCAAUAGGGAGCAAUGUGAUGGUGCGUUGUGAUGCUACAGGGUUUCCCACCCCUGUUCUCAUCUGGAUCAAGUCAUCUGGAGCUGACAUCAACAAUACAGGAUGCUGUGAUGAUAUCAACACAAUUAGAGAGAGAUUGCCACGGCGUCUACCCAGCUUCCUGCAGCUGUCCCCACGAGUCGGCAUCCGCUGGUCCGUCUUCAGCUUGAACGGCAUCUCGUACCGGGACGCCGGAGAGUACCGCUGCCGAGCCCACAACAUGGCCGGCUCCUCAGAGGCCUCCAUCACCCUGGAGGUGGUGGGAAUCAUCGACACUAAGAAACUCUAUACUACGCCAACUGUCAUUCCACCAUUAAAUAGCUCUUCUUCAGUUCUAGAGUCUGCUCCUAAGCGGAAAAAGAGCAACAGCUCCACCAAAGGCCAACGGGACAAAGGCAAAAGAGAGAAGAUGAAACGAAAUAAGAUGAGAGCAAAAAGAAUCAAAUGAUCUUUUUUUUAUUUUUUUUUCAUUUGUUCAAGGAUUCAAGGAUUCAAGGAUUUGUUGCAUGUGUGUGUACAUUUUCACAGAAUGUUUUCUAUGAACUGAGAACUAUUCAUGUGGUGGUACACAUGUUUCUGUCUCUAUCUAUUGUGUUGUGGACAAAUGAAAGGCUAAUAUCCAACAACAGCUGGGUAUUUUCAAGCAGAAAAUGGAACUCAGAGCUCAGGGGCACUACAUCCAACUUAGGUGCUGGUUAUAUGGAUAUCUUUAAACACAGAUUGUUUUUAUCUAUUUACAUAGUAUAAACUUAUGUAGAUACAAAUAAAAUUUAAAAACUCAAUUUUUAGCCUCCUAAAGGGAUGUUUUUAGAACUGGAUUUUUGAAUGAUUAUUUCUAAAACUCUGUUUACAUAGCCUAUAAACGAAAAGCCAAAAAGAUUUUCAAAGUUAUCCAUAUACAUGUGAACAGAUUCUCAGUAACUUUGUUUCUCCAUAUCAUCAAAAUUCGUUUCUCCAUUGUUAAAAAAAAAAAAAAAAAAAAAUGGAAAAAAAAACCCACCUCAUCGUUUCAUAAUAGUGGAGAAAUAGUGCUAGCAGUCAAAGUGUUAACGUUUUUUUUUCUUCUCUUUAUGUGAAUCCCUAUCAGUUGGUUGCAAGAUAGCAAUCUCCUUUAAUUGCCCUUUGUAGUCAUCAGAGAUGAGCUUCCCUGGACCUCUGUACUCACUUUUUUUGGUCACGCCAAACCCACUUGUUGCCCUCAGUGCCUUUUUGUCAAUUGCCUCUCUCCUCAAUGGCACAAACAGAACCGCCCGACUUGAACCCAGCUGGAAAAUGUGCAAAUAUGCUUUUACAGUUGUCCCUGUAAAAAUAUGAAGUUCACAUGAGUUCACUUCAUGUAUUAAAUUAUUUUAGUUAAUUGAUUAUGUACUUUCUAUAUGGGAAGGGAGUUUAUACUGUAUGUUUUGAUGUAUAAUUUGUUCUCAACGGUGUUGCUAUCACCCAUUCAAAAUGUAAAGAGACUCAAUUGCAUUCUGUGCAUCGCUCUACUACCUAUUACUUACUCUACUAGCACCAUUUCAUCUUCCCACUGUAUUUGAGAUGUCAAAUCCACUAAAAUGUAUGUAUUGAGUGAGAAAAACAACUGGGUACAGUAGACAUUGACUCUGAACAGAGCUUGGUUUACCAGCAAGCAGACCAGGCACUUGCCUUGGGCUGCACCAAAUUUGCCCGUUGUAGGGGGCCCCCAACAGUCAGCAAUAGUAAAUUCCAGCGAAAGCUAUUCAGAAGGGUCCCAUGUCUAUAUUUUGCCAAGGGCCCCCAAGUGUGUUGAACCGCUGCUGCUCUGAGAAUGAAAAUAUUUUCAGUAUGACCAACUUUGGGUUUUUUGUUUUGUUUGUAUUUUUGUUUGAUUUAAUUAAUGGUUGUUAUUUUUCUCGCUUCUUUCACCAGACAUUUUUAUUGCCAAGGCUGCGUGGCAGAUAGGGAACUCGACUUAGUUCAGACCCAUUACAGAUAACACAACAAAAGAACAUUGGUUUAAGAUAAGAUAAAAGCACAAAAAGAUGUCAAAUUCACAAUCACACAAAGAAAAGUUCACUUUUGUUUUCAUUGACCAGGAAUGUAAAUAAAUUGGAUUUUUGUAAAAGUUCCUUAUUCACUUAUUCCCUUAUUCACUUAUUCACUUUCUGAAACAAACUUUUCUCCAUCG